AUGCUUCUCCCAAAUGACUCCCUUGUCGUCCUUCUAUGUCUAAUAUUUCCAGCAGCUUUCUUCCUGUGGAAGCUCACCGAUUGCUCACCGCGCUUUCCCUUGGCAAACAAAACCCCUGGGGAGUUUAUGCUAUGCGCUCCCACGUUGAUCAAGCAAGGUCUGGCUAAGUGGAAGGUGUUCCAGUUCCUCACAAAUGAUGGAAUCCAGGUGUUCUUGUCCCACGAGUAUACCAAGGAGAUCCGCAAUCAUAACUCCUUGAGCUUUGGAGAAUUCAUGCACCAGCGCUUUCAUGCUAACUUAUACCCCUUCCGCCCGUACCUCGCAUUUGCUGAGAAAGAUGAGGCGUUUGUUAAAUUCAUCCGCAAGAAGCUAGUGGCUCCCCUUGCUGAUCUCGUGAAUCCGUUGUCUGAAACGGCCACCAGCGCUCUUCGUGGGGAAUGGACUGACAACCCCACAUGGCACAAGCUAGGGCUUAAGUCGAGUCUUUCCACGGUUAUCGCUCAGCUUCUCGCCAAGGCCUUCGUCGGAGAACCACUGUGUCACAAUGCUCGCUGGCUACAGAUUACGGUCGAGUAUACGGUCGACUCCAUCCAGGCCUCAGAGGCCCUUCGCAGGUGGCCUGCUGCCCUACGCCCUAUCAUGAUCCACAUUCUUCCGGUUUGUCGCAAGUUGAAGGCCGAGUUGGAUGAAGCAACGAGUCUCAUUGACGCCGUUCUGCAACAACGACAUGUCGAGAAGGAGACUGCGCUACAGAAUGGCAAGGUGCCACAGAGAUACAUGGAUGCGUUUGAGUGGGUGGCCGAGCACUAUUCGGAAAUGAACGUGCCGUGCGAUCCCGUCAUGGUGCAGCUGGCACUUGCUGUGACAGGCAUCCACACAACUACCGACAUGCUUACUCAAUUCUUAUAUGAUAUCGUUGAAAAGGAGGGGCUGGCCGAUUCCCUUCGAGACGAGAUAGUGAGGGUGGUCAAGCAGGAUGGCUUGACGCUGUCUGCACUCAACAAGAUGCGGCUAAUGGAUAGCUGUCUUAAAGAGAGUCAGAGGCUCAAGCCAGUCCAAGGCGUUGCAUUACAACGUAUCGCGAUAAAGGACUUUGACUUGUCUGACGGGACGCGUAUUUCCAAAAACACCCCGAUCAUCUUGUCAGCCGAGCGAAUGUGGGACGCCGAAGUAUAUACCUCUCCCAAUUUCUUCGAUCCCUAUCGGUUUGUCAAGAUGCGAGAUGAAAGCCCCGCAAAUGAAACAACAGCGCUGGCAGUUUCUCCUUCCGCUGAACACAUUGGCUGGGGGCUGGGCAAGCACGCGUGUCCUGGACGAUUUCUGGCUAUACACGAGCUAAAGAUCGUCCUCUGUCAUAUUCUGCUACGCUAUGACUUCCGACAUGCCGAUACCAAACCCGUCCAGACUAUCGUUAUGGGAACUGCCACAUUGGCUGACCCCUUUGCAAUGUUUGAGGUUCGACGAAAGGAUCACAGUGGCAGUGAGGCUCUCCUUUGA